GUCUUUUGGAGGCAGUGGUUGUGUUUUUGAACUACAAUUAACUAGAUUUAACUAGACAUGUUUACCUGUUCAAAUUGUGUUAAUUAUUCACCUUGAUUGUUGAUUAUUUAGGCUUCACUAACGGUGUCAACGUUUGUUUUUCUCUUUGUACUGAUCUUUGGUGUUUACAUCAUUGGAGAAUCUCAAUUGUUGCCCUUGAUUUUUGUUUCUUUUCAUAUUCUUGUUCAUCUUUUCAUCUUUCUUUAGGUUUGUAUUAUUGUUCUUGAUGUCAAUGUGAUGUAUCGUUGUGUUUCCAAAGCUUGUGAUGAAAAUAUUGACUUUGCUUUUAGUAGUCAUCAAGAUAUUAUUCUACAUGGUAGAGAGAAAGAGUUUGCCUUCAGGCCGCGUAUUUUACUCUCUUGUGGUCACUCGGUUUGUGAAAAUUGCAUUUUCACUGCGGUUUCAUCUAAACAGGAAGAAUUUAUCAAGUGCGAUGAUUGUGGUAAAGUAACGAGUUUCUCUCGGCAAACUAUUCAAACAAUCAAAGUAAAAAGACCACAAUCUAAAGAAAGUGUUCGAUGGAAUGAAGAUUGUGAGGACGAUCUUCUUUACGAAGCUUUUUCCAUUGGUGCUGCUUUUAAUUCUGGUCGUAUUUCGGUCUCAGCAACUCCGAUAGUUGAUCUUGAUGAAAGUCUACUUGAAUCACAAAAUCUUCCAAGCCAUUCGUAUAGAAAUGAGCCUGAAGUGUUGACCAUUCGUGAUAGAGUCUCCAAUGCAUCAGACUCCUUUAAAUUAGCUGUUGAUGAUGGUAUUUCAAUGUAUACAUCUUGUAGUAAAUCAUUGAUUUUAUUCGACACAAAAACUGCCCUCAAUAAGCAAUUUGUUUCCACCAAAGAAGCGAUUAGAAAGCGUUUUCAUGUUUUACAUGGUUUAUUACAGUUGGAAGAAACGAAUCUCAUCAGAGAACUGGUUAAGAGUAAAGAAAAUACAGUCAAAUCUUUACAAGAAAAGGAGAAAUCUAUCGAUUCAGCUCGUACAAACCUUAGAAAUUUGCUCAUUCGAAGUCCACAAUAUGCUCACAUUCAAACUAGUAAUCCUUUCAAACACGAGAUUGAUCAAUAUCGCAUGAAACCUUUGCGUAUUGAUUUAGCACCCGAACUGUCCAAUCAUCUUUCCAAUUUGAAUAAACCUCAUGACGAUUUGCAUCAAGAGAUCAAAAAAUUGACGGAUUUUCGUAAAGCUGUUCGUUUUGAUCUUAAUAUCGCUUUCGCCCCACUGAUCUCUUCAAACCAUCCAGCCUCAUCUGUUCCAGUUGCCUCUGAAGCUAAAAAUGCAAAGAAAAGGACCAAAGCUUCCAAUUUAUAUUACACAAAUUUUAUUCGACAACAAUUAGUAACCAUUCAUGACGUCAAAGAUUCUGGCUAUUUCUCAGCUCACCUUCCAAGUGACCAAUCUGUCGCUACAUCUUUAGCUAAAGCACUCGAAAAAUGGUGUAGUCAUUUCCUUCAUCCUCCUUGUAUCAGCAAAAUUAAGCCCUCAAGUGAUCUGAUUGUUUGGCACGACCAAAAGUUACGUUGGGCUCGAGCUAAAUUUAAAAGGGUAAUUGAAGACACCAGACAAUCUGAAAAGGAAAAUUAUUACCUUUUAAACUCCAAUUUAUCAUCGAAAAAAGUUGAAGUCUCUCUUGUCGAUUUCGGUGAUGAAAUUUAUGAAACAUUGAUUGAAAAUGUUCGUGAAAGUUGCUGUCAACUAACCGAUCCAACAACAUAUCCUCCAUUACUCAAGGCGUGGAAAUGUCGCCUGAAAGAUAUUCAACCAAGCAGCUCUAACAUAAGACCAUAUAUCCUUAAAUUUUGUGCCACCGGUAUCCAAGUCCGUCUACUUGUCCUAACAGAACCAAUAGAUGACAUUUACGAAGUUGACAUUGUCCAUGACAUUCGUGAUCUAGUUAAUCCUCAACCAACUUUAAUCGAAUUUUUAAUCUUCAGUAAUGUCGCCAAACUCAAAGAUCCAAAGAUUCAAUAUCCUUACCCCCCGAAAUUAGACGCUGCAUUACAAUAUCGAGAUGCAGAUCAAUUAAAAGUCGGCGAUAAUUAUGCAGUCGAUUUGACGUUCAUCAAAAAUCCUCAUAGUUUCUUUGUGGUUGUUUCUCGAUUAAGAGAAAAACUUGAGAGUCUUGAGAAAAAGAUCAACGAUUUAUAUUCUAAUCAGACUAGAACCAUCGCUUUUCGGCUAUAUUAUCCAAGAAUUUAUAUUCCUUGUGCUGCUCGAUGUGAACUCUUUUGGGACAGAAAGAAAAAGCGUGAAAAAAUAUUCCAUCGAGGUUAUAUUAUUCCUCCAAACGAACCAACCCCACCCGGAAGUGUGACAUUUUUCGCAGUCGAUUAUGGUGAAUGUGUAUAUGUUCCCUUGGUUGAUUUGCGAAUUCUUCCUGAUUGUUUCGUCACCGCUAUGCCCAAAUCUGCGAUCCAAUGUUCCCUCAGUGAUAUUGUUCCUCUUGAUUCGGGAAACUGGAGUCGAAAUUCAAUCUUAGCGUUUAGGGAAUUUUUCCAAGCAACCGAUACACCGACAGCAAUUACAGUCACUAAAAGUCCGGGUGAAAAAAAAACGCAUAGUGUAGUUUUAAACCUUCUUAAAUUAGCAGAACAUCAUCCGGAUGGUAAUUUAAAUGAGAUAUUGGUCAAAGAAGGAUUCGCAAUUAAGAGCAGUGAUGUCUCAGAAAUCAUCGAUAUUACCAAAGACAACAGCUCAUUUCCAAACAAUCGAACUUCUAACAAUCGAUUCGAUUUUAAUUGUUACAGUUUAAUCCAGGACAUGGCUCGUAAAUCUAAGUCUAUGAAUCUUGGUACAAUUGAUUCACUAAUUCCAAUCAAAAUAACUGCUUUUAAUUCACCUGAAUCAUUUUUCAUUCAAAUCAACACACCGGAAAUUCAAACAGAAAUAAGCAACUACAUGAAAAGAUUGGGUGAAAUGUAUGACGGUAUUGAUAUUAGUCGACGGCCCGUUGGACAAAUGCAAGGCUUCGAUGUGGGCGAACAAUGUAUCUAUCUAUUUCGAGAUGAUAACGGCUACUCUACUUACUGGAGACGCGGACUAAUUUUGAGCUUUUUGGGCGAGAAGCAGCAACAAACGAACGGCAAUAAUUCAACUGAUCCCCGCCAAAUGAAACAAGUUGCUCCUGAUUCUCUUUAUAAACUGAGAGAUCGCGAUUUCGGAAACGAUAUUAUCGUUAAACGUAAAAACAUGUUACAACUUCAGCCUGCGUCACCUCAUCGUAAAGACGGUGAAAAAUGUAUUCAAGUUUGCAUUCCAGGUAUUAAACACUCUGCUCAAGAAUGGUCACCAGAUUGUAUCGAAUAUUGUAGAAGAAAAUUGCGAACUUAUCAUGGGAAAUUAUUCAUCAAAAUUGAAGACAAUUUAACUGCCACCCAACCCGAGAAAUUGCCUGUUGAUUGUAUCUUUUUAGCUGUUGAAAUUCCCGAUGCUUGCCUUCCAAGUGAAGAUCAUUAUUACUCAUUGAGAUAUGAUCUUCUUGAAACUGGAAACGCUGCACUAAUCAGUGAACAUUUGCACUUUGAAAGCGAGCUUAAAAUUGACGAUGAUUCUGCUUACGCUGAUAUUCAGAUUCCUCUUUCUAUUCGAGAUGAUUCAUUACUCAGCUCACUUCGAUCAUCAUAUUACAAUGAGAAUCAGGUCAUUGAGUCAAUUAAGUACAUGGACGCCAAGAGACCUGAAGUUGCCGAGUUUAACGCGGUUUGUACUCAUGUUGAAGACGGACCAUCGAUUUAUUUUACCAUAUUGGAAGAGCCAAGUGAACCUUCAAUAGGCACAAUUAAUAAAACUAUUUUGAGAAAACUUCUGAAACAAGAGAAACUGUUAUCCUUCAAGGGUAAUGUUGAAACUGGUCGAGCUUGUACCGUUUAUAACGAUUCCCGAUGGUGUCGAGCUGAAAUCUUAUCAAAUAGUACAAAUAAUAACAAAAUAACCGUUCGUCAUGUGGAUACUGGAGUAACCAAAGAUUAUUUCAUUGAUAAAAUGAGUAGUGAAGUUUUUUGUGAGGGAAUUCCCAAAUUGGCCUUUGAAGGUCGAUUGGAUAGAUGUGCUCCCUUUGUAAAUCUACGAGCUGAUAUUCCCGCCAAACUGAAAGCUUAUCUCACCGAGAAUCUCAUUGGGAAAAAGUUAACAAUCAAAUGGGAGAACUUUGGUUCGAGUCGUACAAUGUUGAUCUCUGUUUUCGUCCAGGAAAAAGGUCGAGACUUGAAAAGCAUGUUACUCAAUUUGGAUCUUAUUCAAGAAUCUCAAGUGGAAACGGAAGAACUUCCUCAAUAUAUUCGAACUUCCCUUGAGCUGAUGGAACAAAGUGAAUACAAUUUUCUAAAUCAUCAGUUUAUCAUCGAUAAAUUUUAUCCCGUUAUUAUUGCUGAUUAUGUGCGAGAAAAUUAUCUCUAUGUUCAACUAAUUUCUUUCAAAAAUCCAAGUGGAUCAGAAGAAGAAGAUAUCAAUGCCUUUCACAGUAUUUACAGAAACGAUGAAGAAUUUUUCAAUUCAAACGCAAAAAACUUCUAUGAUGCUGUUGAAUUCAAUGUCGGUAAUUCUUGUCUAGCCAAAUGGAAUGGCGAAUGGUUCAGAGGAAUUGUUUCUGCAGUUAUUAUACCGAAGCUCAAAUAUGAAGUUUUUUUCGUGGAUUGGGGAAACACUGACACCGUCGAAAAGUCAAAUAUGAAGAUACUUCCACUAAACGGUCAUCCAAUUUUUGGCUUUUUCGUCCGAUUAUCGAACCUUAAACCCGCUCGACAAGGAGUUUGGAAUCAACGUUUAUAUGAUAUGAUGAAAGCGAUCGUUGAUAAAGCCUCAAGUGAACAACAAAAUUUCUUAGUAAAAUUUAAGUCGACUACAGUUCCAUUCGAUGUUGAAUUAUGGACUGCCAAUGAUAACCAACAACCAGUUGAUAUUUUUUUCUCUAAUCUCAUUUCCGAUCGUAUCCUGCAAAUAUGUUAAAUUUUAUAUUCCAUUGAUUGUCAAGAAAUACAAAUCGUAAUCAAGUGCCGGGAAUGACAAACCAAUCAACUGAUCGCUACAAAUUUACAUCAUUUUCAUAUUCACAUUCACUAUUUUCUAAGCUUUUUUUACAUUCCAUUAAUAACUAACAUUUCUAAUUAAUCAUCAUUGCUCAUCACAAUUGAGCAAAUCAUAUUAUCGUUAUUGUUAUAACGCAAAAGUUAAUCAUCAAGAUAUUAUUAUUAUUAUUAUAUUCUGAUUCUGUCAAAGAUUUAAAUCCAAUAAAAGCAAACAAAUUAUUCUCAAAAAUCAAA